CUCUACCUUCACUGACCCCUGACUUUCUGUUUACUCGAGAGACCCGGGGAGAGAGAGAGAAUGUCUGUGUAAUGUAUAGAGAGAGACAGAGAGAAGAUGAUGGAGUGGGAGAAGCAACAACAGCAGACACAGCAGCAGAUUGAGCAGAUUCAAGAGGAAGUCAAUGGCGGUGCCAACAGUAACAACAACAACAAUGGAGGAGGAGGAGGAGGAGGAGGAGGGAUGUUUGUGAAGGUGAUGACAGACGAGCAAUUGGAAGUCCUCCGCAAGCAAAUCGCCGCUUACGCCACCAUUUGCGAACAGCUCGUCGAUUUGCACAAAUCCCUCACUUCUCAACACGAUCUUGCAGGAGUCAGGCUGGGAAAUUUGUAUUGUGACUCAUUAAUGACAUCUGCCGGCCACAAAAUUACGGGCCGACAACGGUGGACUCCAACACCCCUGCAACUUCAGACUCUUGAGCGAAUUUUUGAUCAAGGGAAUGGAACUCCAAGCAAGCAGAAGAUCAAAGACAUAACCUCCGAAUUGUCCCAACAUGGCCAAAUUUCAGAGACAAAUGUUUAUAAUUGGUUCCAAAAUCGGCGUGCUCGAUCCAAGAGGAAGCAACAGGUUACAACAACAAACAAUGCUGAAUCUGAAGUAGAGACAGAAGUUGAAUCACCCACUGAUAAGAAAACAAAGCCAGAGGAUUUCCAAUCCCAGCACAACCUGGCUUCAAGGGCUGAUGAUCUUUGCUUCCAAAAUCCCGAGAUAAGCUCUGGGAUGCAUUCCAUAGAUCCACGGUCAAGUAAAGCAGAGCCCAUGUUUCCAUCAGAUGGUAGUUCAAAGUCUGCUGGGAGUUUGGGUGAAAUGUCCUUCUAUGGAAGUAUGUUGUCAAAUCCAAGAAUGGACCAUCUGGUUGGAAAGAUGGAGAGUUAUAAUCCUUAUUUGCAGACAGAAGACUACAACAUGACAGAUUGACACCCUCCUGCCAACUUCUAUCAUAUAUGAGAAAUUCGAAGUGAGAAUAGAAGCUGAACGAUUUCAGAUUGGAGUUUCUGAGUAGCUAGCAAUUAAGGGAGCCAGAAAUCUUUUUUUCAGCAUGAUAUAUGGACCACUUUAAGCUGUAACAUAGAAUUGUUAGAUAAUAUAUGAACUUAUUUGGUUGUUACGGUAUAUGAUUUAAUGCAUUUUGCUUGAUAGAUUUCUCAUGCUUGGGUUGUUUCUUGUGUAGAAACUGUAUUGCACUCGUUUAAGAAACUGUAUUGAACUCGGUUAAGUUAUGAUCAAGUUACAAUGGUGCAUAGGGGUUGCACUUGUCUUCUUUCCAACUACAGACUGAAUUACAGGAUAACCUCUAAAUAA